AUGGACAACCAAAUGGGCCAGCAAGCCCAGGGCCAACAGCCCCAGCAGCAACCUCAGCAGCGACCGCCCCCCAUGUACCAGCCAUCCCAGAUUCGAAGCCUGCCGACUCUCAGCGAAGAAGAGAAGACCAAGUACGAGCAAGGCCUACAGGGCCUCUGGAACAAGGCCCACAACUCGGCGCAGAACAGCCCGGAGCACCUCGCCGCCAGACAGAAGAUUAUCGAGUUCUCUAGGAUGCUCAUAACAAAGAUCCAGCAGCGCAGAGCGGCGCAACAGCAACAGCUCCAGCAACAACAGAUGCAAGCGCAACAGCAGCAGCAGGGACAGGUUGGACAGCAACAGCAAGCGCAACCCCGUCCACAGCCAGUACAGCAGAAUGCCGCCGCGCAAGUCGCAGCCCAGGCGCAACCUCAGCAGAACGCCGCCGCUGCCGCCGGAGGGGCUCCUAGACCAAAUGCGCAAGCCGCCGCUGCCCAACGAGCGAAGAUUCCCGACCAUAUCAUGAAUCACGUCAAUAAAAUGACAUUCCGUGCGCCGGCACAGAUCGUCGAAAAGUCGGGAGCGGAGGCUUCGAAAUGGGUCGAGGAGAUCAAGGAGCGAUAUGGGAGAGCGCUCAUGACGAUGGAGAGCAGCAAGCAAAAGGUAGCGCAAAUCGACAAGCUCAUCGCCGACCGUGCCGCCGCUGGCAACCCUUUUAAGGAGGAGGAGCUACGCCAGUUGCAAAUUAGGAAGGAGCAGCAGCUGAAAGUUCAUUCCGAUGCCCAUAAGUGGGUUGAUAGCGUCAGGAAGCAACAGGGCAACCUCCAAGGAACCACACAAGCUGCUCAAGGAGGAGCUGCUGCUGCCCCUCAGGCAACUCAGCAGACCGCCCAGGCGAAUGCUGCUGCUGCUGCUCAAGCACAAGCCCAGCAAGCCCAGCAGGCUCAGCAGGCUCAGCAGGCUCAACAAGCCCAGCAGGCCCAGCAGGCCCAGGCAGCCCAGGCACAGGCGCAAGCCCAGGCGCACGUACAAGCACAGAACAACGCUCAGAACGCUGCUCUGAAUGUCACCCAGAAUACUCCAGCACCCGCGAACGCUGCCGUCGAGGCUGCAAAGCAACAGAUGGCCGCUGCGAACCGAGCCUCUCCUGCUGCUGGGACGCCGGCUGCUGUACAGGCACAGGCGCGUCCGGCGCAGAGCACUCCCCAACCCGGACAGCAGCCUCAAGUCCAACCCCAGCCCGUUAUUAAACAGGAACAGCCUCAUCCUACUCCCAUCAACGCCGCCAUUGCCUCGGCGGCUACCCAGGGGCAGGUGGGAACUCCUACGCAGGCGGCGGCGCGAAUCCAGACCCCUCAACAAGCCGUGACUCCUGUCACUGCUAGUGGACCAACUCGAGCCCUCAGCCAUUCCGCCGCCAUGAAUCUUGCGAAUCAGAGGGCUACUAGCACACCGGGUAGCGCUCCUGUACCGGGCCAACAGCCCAACUCCGGAACACCUACCCCAGCCGGUCCUACAGUGAAUCAGAGUGUAAUGGCCUCUAGCAUCCCGCAACAACAACAACAAGGUCACCCGCACGCUCACCCUCCCCAACCUCAACAAACAAGCAUGCAGGCAAAGAUGCCCAUCCCCAAGCAGCUGCCGGAAAAAGCCACGGCCGUCCCUCAAGGGGUGACGGUUGGAGGAGGCGUCAAUACCGGACGGCCAACCAUGUCGCAGGGAAGCGGCACUCUGGGAGGCGUCAUGAACCAGCCUCCGAUCAACAGAAUCCCAGCCUACAACCAUGAAGCCGAGGGCGAUCACGUGCUCAGCAAGAAGAAGUUGGACGAGUUGGUCCGACAGGUUUGCGGAGGAUCUGGCGAAGGACAAGAUGGAAACCUCCUCACGCCCGAGGUGGAAGAGAAUGUUUUGAACAUGGCGGACUCUUUUGUAGACAGCGUUCUCCACGCCGCAUGCCGCAACUCCAAGGAGCGCGGGUCCAAGGUACUCGAGAUCCGAGAUAUCCAGCUUGUCCUCGAGCGCACUUACAACAUCCGCGUGCCUGGAUACUCAUCGGACGAGCUGCGCACUGUCCGCAAGAUUCUCCCCUCGGCUGGCUGGAUUGCCAAGAUGAGCGCCGUCCAGGCGGCCAAGGUGAUGCCUGGAAAGGGCGAGUAA